AUGAUGGAGGAGAUUCAGAAGAAGCCUAGCGAUAAUCUCAAUUCUUACGUGAAGGAUCAGAGAGUGAUGAAAUCUGUUGGAGUUGUGUUGAAUCUUAAUCUCAGAGGAGACAAGUCUGAGGUUGAGAAGAAACAAGAGAUGAAGGAGAGAGCCGAAUCGGAGAAAGAGUUAGGGAACACUGCGUUCAAGAAGAGACACUUCGAAGCUGCGAUUCAGCAUUACUCUAAUACCAUGGAGUUUGAUGAUGAAGACAUCUCUUGUAUCACGAACCGUGUGGAUGUUUAUCUUCAAAUGGAAAAGUACAAAGAGUGUAUAGAGGAUUGUGACAAGGCGAUUAAGAGAGGUAGAGAGCUUGGAUCAGAUUGCGAGAUGGUAGCUAGAGCUUUGACUAGAAAGGGAACUGUUUUUGUCAAAAUGGCGAAAUGCUCUAAAGACUAUGAACCUGCUAUUGAAGCUUAUCAAAGAGCUCUUACAGUGCAUCGUAAUCAUGAAACGUUGAGUAAGCUGCACCAAGCUGAAAGAGCAAAGAAAGAAUGGGAGAGGCAGGAGUAUAUUGAUCCCAAGAUUGGUGUCGAAGAGCGUGUGAAAGGUGCAGAUGAUGAUGAAAAGGCACAGUCUUUGCAACCUGAGUUUGCUUCUAGAAAUGGUGUUGGCGAUGACAAGGAGGAGCUUUGGUCGCAGUGGGCUACAAGAAGAGAUGGAGCUUCGGAUAAAAGGAGAGUCAUUGAUGUUACCAAUCUUGAAGCUGCUGAGAGACAUUUGUUGAUUGAAAAGCUUGUCAAACAAAUCCAGGCUGAUAACCUCCAUUUACUCAGAAAGAUAAGGAAGAGAAUCGAUGAGUAA